UGUGGGAGGAGUAUUUUAUUGAACUGGGCUUUCGCGAAAACUUCAUUUAAAUGGAAAAUCAAGCUGAUCAGAACCCCCCUUCCAAUGAACUGGAGUCUCUCUCCAUGGAUUGUCAGGCAGAAGGGGGCUCCUCCUCGAGUUGCCCAACAGUCACCCAGAUGAGUCCGGAGGAGAGGUUUCGAAUUGUGAGGAGCAUUGGGGAAGAGUGCAUUCAGGAAGAUGAGCUGAUGAAUCUUCUAACCAAGAAACCCCUACCCAUUUGCUAUGAUGGAUUCGAACCAUCUGGCCGAAUGCACAUUGCUCAGGGAGUCAUGAAGACGAUAAGUGUGAACAAAAUGACUUCUGCUGGAUGCAAAGUUAAGAUAUGGAUUGCUGAUUGGUUUGCUCAGUUGAACAACAAAAUGGGUGGAGAUUUAAAAAAAAUCCAAACAGUUGGACACUAUAUGAUCGAAAUAUGGAAAGCUGUCGGCAUGGAUCUCUCAGAUAAUAAAGUGGAAUUUCUGUGGUCGUCAGAAGAAAUUAACUCCCGGUCACACGAAUACUGGCCACUGGUUAUGGACAUUGCUCGCCGAAACAAGCUCCCUAGAAUAAUGAGGUGCUCACAGAUAAUGGGUCGUAGCGAACAGGACGAGCUGAGUGCAGCCCAAAUUUUCUACCCAUGCAUGCAAUGUGCCGACAUAUUUUUCUUGAAGGCUGACAUUUGUCAAUUGGGAAUGGAUCAACGAAAGGUGAAUGUACUUGCCAGAGAGUACUGUGAUCUUAUAAAGAGAAAGAACAAGCCUAUCAUUUUGUCUCAUCAUAUGCUCCCUGGUCUGCAGCAAGGCCAAGAAAAAAUGUCAAAAAGCGAUCCGUCCUCAUCCAUCUUUAUGGAAGAUGACGAGGCCGAGGUGAAUGUGAAGAUAAAAAAAGCAUACUGUCCACCUAUGAUUGUUGAAGGAAACCCAUGUUUGGAGUACAUAAAAUACAUCGUAUUGCCGUGGUUUAAUGAGUUCAAAGUGGAGCGAUCUGCAGAUAACGGCAGUGACAAGACCUUUAAAAGCUUUGAUGAACUUGUUGUUGACUAUGAACGUGGAGAUUUGCAUCCUGGUGAUCUGAAACCGGCCCUUUCAAAGUCUUUGAAUAAGAUACUUCAGCCUGUACGUGAUCAUUUCAGCAAAGAUGCCAAUGCGAAGGAUCUGCUGAAGAGAGUUAAGGGAUACAGGGUCACUCGGUAAUGUGGCGCAUGAUCGCUAAAGGAUGUGACAAACCGAUUGAUUACCGUUGCGGACGUUAUUACGAGAAUAUAGUUUUAUGUUUGGACAUCAGAGUAUUUUUUUUGUCCUUGGGCUUUGAGCACCCCAAGUAUUUAUUUUCAAGCUACCGGUUGCUUGCACUAAUUUAGGAGACGUCUUCAUUGAAUUGCCACAAAAUUUUCUUGUAACAAGCAGUGCUGGUUAAGAAUCUGGUCAAAAGUUUUACCUGGUUUUGAUGUACAUUAUUCAACUUAGACUUCGCAUUUUAUCAGUAGAAGGACUUUGCUCUUCA